AUGCUUCCUCCUGCACUCAACAUUCCAAAAUGGCUCGAGGCCAAUUCCCAUCUCCUCCAACCGCCAGUGAAUAAUUACUGCGUGUACCACCCCUCCUCCCCGGCGACAGCCGGCUACACCGUGAUGAUCGUCGGCGGGCCGAACGCACGAACCGACUAUCACAUCAACACCACACCGGAAUUCUUCUACCAGUACCGGGGGUCAAUGCUGCUCAAGACGGUGGACACAUCGACGACGCCACCCACAUUUCAGGAUGUUCCCAUCCACGAGGGCUCGAUCUUCUUGCUGCCGGCGAAUACGCCGCACUGCCCGGUGCGGUUCAAGGAUACCGUGGGGGUGGUGAUGGAGCAGCCGCGGGUGGAGGGUGCGGUGGAUAUCAUGCGGUGGUACUGCAAGAACUGCAGUGGGGUUGUCUGGGAGAAGCACUUUGUGUGCACUGACCUCGGGACGCAAGUCAAGGAUGUGGUGGAGGAAUUUGGCGCCGACGAGGAGAAAAGACGAUGCAAGGCGUGCGGGGGUGGUUGCGACGACGAAGUAUGGUGA